CAAGGAUGGAGCAUAAACGGGCCUAUAUUUUGACUCGCAGCGUGCUUCGAUUCAUUUUCUGAAAACUCCGUUGUCUUGAUCUUACAAUCCUCAACAAGUUCGCCGUCAUGUACACUCUCUUCCCGUAUCUCCUUUCCCGACCUGGAGCUGAAGACGACUUUCAACCGACGUCAAUAGUCUUCUCAAACUUGCAGGGGUCUGCGGACGAACUUGUUUGGGCUUGGGCGAACGUGCUGAGCGGAUACUCGGGCUACGAUGACCAGGUAUCGUUUGUCAGGAACGAUAGCGCGAUGUUAGUUACGCUUCGUGGUGAUACUGUGCAGAUUGAGGAAGUGAACAAGACAGAACCAAUACCACGUGAGGCCACCGCGGUCUACACGGAUGGCAGAGAACCCUUACAAAAUCUUGCUUUAGAAAUAUACGUCGAUUUACGCACCGGGUGUGGCGCUCUACAUACCAAUGGAUUUGUCCCGGCCAAACAUCUAAGUCAAGUCAUUUCUGUUCUACAAUGCGCACCGGGUCAAACAGGGAACAACCUGUGGUCUACAAUCUUAAGUUCAGAUCCUCGGGUUGAGCUCUCUAUGCUAAACGAACGACCGACUCUUGUGCCUGGCCCAAAUCUGCUCCACAUGCUGGUAUCUUCGGCACAAGAUGGACAAUCUAUUGCGAUCGAUUAUUACGAUGCCGACAUGUCAAAUGUACGAGUUUCGUACGAUGAACUGUAUGCUCGCAUCUCGAAUCUUGAGCAAAUACUUUGUGAACGUUUAGCACAAAGGACUGUGAAUCAGCGGCGGACAAUUCCUAUCUUGAUUCCUCACUCACCUGAAUUGUACAUUGCCAUGAUUGCUGUUCUACGGAGCGGAUGCGCCUUCUGUCCACUUCAGCUCGACGCACCUAGAGAUCGCUUGGAAUUCAUCGUUCGAGAUGUGGGAGCAACUGUUGUAAUAACUACGUCUGCAUAUUUGUCCAAAGCCCAGAGCAUAUCGGAUGUCGAUAUCAUUGACGCCAACGUGUCAAACUCACACAUUAAUCGCAAGCCAUCCUCUGGACCGAAAGAUAUUCAAAAAAUAGAUCCCAGCGAUACGGCCUACAUCAUGUACACGAGCGGCUCGACUGGAAAGCCGAAAGGCGUGCCAGUGUCACACCUAUCAGCUACUCAGAGUCUCCUCGCUCACGACCGACAUAUACCGAAAUUCUCUCGCUUCCUGCAGUUUGCCGCACCCACAUUCGACGUGUCCAUCUUUGAAAUUUUCUUUACACUGUAUCGACAUAGCACGCUCGUUGUCUGCGAACGCUCUCGCCUCUUGAACGACAUUCCAUUCGCAAUGAGGUACAUGCAGGUUGACGCAGCGGAACUUACUCCUACAGUUGCGGGCGGCUUACUACAGCUGAGAAAGAAUGCUCCUGGGCUAAAAUUGCUACUUACAAUUGGCGAGAUGCUCACGCCACAAGUUGUCGCUGAAUUCGGUGGAGAUGAGAGCAAGGAUGCAAUAUUGUGGGGUAUGUAUGGUCCUACUGAAGCGGCUAUCCACUGCACUCUUCAGCCCGCGUUUUCAACCAGGCAUAAACCUGGAAACAUUGGAUUUCCCCUCGACACGGUCUCUGCGUUCGUAAUUGCUCAGACAAGUGGAAAAUCUCAAGUCGAAGAUGUUUUCCAGCCCUUACCACAAGGAUUUGUCGGCGAGCUGGCAGUUGGUGGGUUUCAAUUGGCGGACGGUUACUUGAAUCGACCAGAGCAAACAGCAAAUGCGUUCAUCCGAACGAACUCGCAUGGUUUAAUUUACCGUACUGGGGACAAAGCGAGGAUUCUUGUCGAUGGCACAAUUGAGUGCUUAGGCCGCAUCUCUACUGGCCAAGUAAAACUCAGAGGUCAGCGCAUUGAACUUGGAGAGAUUCGUCACGCCGUCGCGAAGACUCCAGGUUGUUUAGACGCCGUUGUCAGUGUCAUCAAUGAGUCUUUGGUGGCUUUCUGCCUUUCGAAUGAAAACCUUGCAACUGAAAGCGUGAUGGCAAGCUGUCGGAGUUGGCUUCCAUCAUUCAUGGUCCCAUCUGAUGUCGUUAUACUUCAAGACUUUCCUCGACUCCAAUCAGGUAAAGUGGACAUGAAGGAGCUUGAACAAAAAUACGAAAAAAAUUACUUCCCAGAGGCCGGAAGGAUCGAAAAUGAUACCAGCAACAACGCUUGGCUAGCUUGCAAGGUAUUGAGAGGCAUAUCGAGACGCUCUAUAUUACCUUCUCAGAAGCUUAGCUCGACGGGAAUAGACUCAUUACUUGCAAUAAAGGCCGCUAGCCAGUUGCGAAGACAUGGCUUUCGAGUGUCUGUCACUGAUUUACUGGGGGACAAGACUAUUGAAGAGCUUGUGCAAGAUCAGAAUCUGGGGGGCCUCUCUCAAUCUACUGAAAGCAACAUAGUGAACCCCAAUCCACCUCAUCCUUUGUUUGCUGAAGUUCAAAAGCUCGCAGCAGAGUCUAUUGACUCCAAGCUACUUGGCGGUGCUGAGCAAAUAUACCCGUGCACUGCGUUGCAGUUAGCUAUGCUUGCAGAGACUGUUGCAGAUCCACGCAAUUACUGCAAUUGGAUUGAGUUGCAGAUAGAGCAAUCGCUGAGCCUGAGGCGUGUCAUGGAUCUUUUCCGACGUCUUUCUUCCGUACAUAGCAUGCUACGCUCUGGAUUCUGUCAGCUUUCAUCCAGUAAAACUCCUUUCGCUUGCAUCACUUACAGAGAGCUUGAGGACACGCAGUUCAGUGAGGUGCAGGACUUUAAUCGAGAGUUUUCUUGGAGAGAGGACGAACUACUGCGGCCACUUCAGAUUCAAGUCAAGCAUGAACAAGACUCAUGCUCGAUCCUGUUGCAGAUACAUCACUCGCUUUAUGACGGAUGGUCUAUCGAUUUACUGGUGAGAGACCUUCGCCGUCUUUUAAAUGAUGAAGUUCUGGCUGCCAUGCCUGGCUUUGUGAUGGUCACCAAUUUCUACCUCAACGUAGACUGCACUGCCGCGCUUGACUAUUGGCAAGAUCAAUUAUCUGAUUUUCAGCCAACUAGGCUUCCUAAUUUCAAUGGCCAAGUAGCCAAAUCAGCUGAGGUCAAAGAAGAGGUAUUCAAAAUGAGCGUUGUUCCCAAACGGGUCAGGCAGCUGGCCGAAGAACUGCAAGUUAGCAAGCCUGCUAUUUUCCAGACCAUGACGGCUUAUGUCCUAGGCACUUAUCUCGGAUCGGCGGAUGUCGUACUCGGUACAGUAACGUCUGGACGAUCCAUACCACUUGCUGGUAUCGAGGACGUUUUCGGACCCUGUUUGGCCACAAGCCCGUUGAGAAUCCACUUUAAGGGUGGAGAAUCCGCAGCAGAAGCCUGUAAGCGGACAAAUGUUCUAAAUCGACACCUUCUUGAACACGCAAUUGUUCCGCUUCAGACAAUCAAGCAAGUAUGCGAUAUAGAAGCCGGUAAACCGCUAUGGGAUGUUCUUUUUGUGUGGCAGGAAUCAUUGGAUAGCCACAUAUCCGAGGAACGCCAUGUUCAUGUCGUUGACAGCGCAGAUAAGCUUGAAUGCGCUGUGACACUGGAGUUCGAGCCCAGAGAUGAUGGAAUUUUUGGUAAAGCGACAUUUAAAAAUGACAUCAUCUCAUCGAAGCAAGCAGUUCUGUUGUUGCAACAAAUUGAUUCACUUGUUCUUGGAUUAAUUGAGAAAGCUGAUGCAAGCUUCGCGGAGCUCUGCGAAACACUUCCUCUUGAGACCUUGUCCAUAUCGAAUCCAUCUCCAGACAAGUUGCUUUUCGAUCACGGUGUGGAGCAUGCCGUGGAAUACUGGGCUCUCACACAGCCUGAUCAUCUAGCUUUGACUUUCGCUAUUGAAGUAUCGCAGGACAAAGCUAUCUGCGAAAGUUUGACAUACAAGCAACUGAACGAACGUGCCAAUCAGUUGGCACAUUUUCUAUCCGUGAAAGAUCUCAAGUCUUCGGAGCUUGUUGCAAUUUGCAUGGAAAAGUCUUUGGACCUCUACGUCGCGAUCUUAGCCGUGCUGAAAUUGGGACUUGGAUAUCUACCUAUUACACCAACUACACCACUCGCACGGAUUAAAAAAAUCACUGAUGAAGCUGGAGUGUCCUUAUGCCUCAGUCAACGUCAAGUAUUCCAUCAUCUUCCUCUCGAGAGCAUUUGCGAAGUUCUCAAUAUAGACACCGUUGACAUAGCGAGACUUUCAACUGCCAAUCUGGAAACAAAGUACAAUGGAUCGCGCGCAGCUUAUGCAGUGUUCACCUCUGGCAGCACGGGAACACCGAAGGGUGUCCUAGUCACCCAAAACAACCUAAGGAGUAAUCUUGCGGUGCUUGCUGAGAUAUACCCCACCGCCAAUGGAGACCGUCUACUUCAGUCGUGCUCACAAGCCUUUGAUGUUUCCGUUUUUGAAAUAUUUUUUGCAUGGCAAGAAGGCAUGUGCCUGUGCACCGCAACGAACGAUGUCCUCUUCAAAGACAUUGAGAUGGCAAUCAGAGCACUCGAAAUUACUCAUCUUAGCUUGACGCCAACUGUUGCAGCUUUGAUCCAUCCCGACAAUGUUCCUAGUGUUCGAUUUCUUGUGACCGCAGGUGAAGGGGUGACACAAAAAGUGAAGAAUAUGUGGUCCGAUCUCGGCUUAUUCCAGGGUUAUGGACCAUCAGAAACGACCAACAUUUGCACCGUCAAACCCAAUGUCACAAGGAGUGAUGCGAUCCGGAACAUCGGUCCCGUAUUUAGGAACACUUCAGGUUUCGUCUUUGAUCCAGCUGGCAAUACCAUCUUGCCGAGAGGUGCCGUUGGGGAGCUCUGCUUUGGUGGCGACCAAGUCUUCCGUGGCUACAUAAACCAGCCAGAACUUACUGCAAGUAGAAUCGUAACCCAUCCAAAGUUUGGACGACUCUAUAGAAGCGGAGACAGCGGAAGGAUUCUUUGCGAUGAUUCGAUUUUGUUUGAGGCUAGACUUGACGAUCAGGUUAAAAUACGUGGUCAAAGAAUAGAACUCAACGAAAUCAACCACUGUAUUCUGGAAAGCGCGGAUGUUGCAGAUUGCGCUACCAUAUUUUUAGAAAAGGAAUUCUCUAAUCCUCGACUGUUCUCGUUCAUUGUCCCUAAAGACACCUCAGCGGAGAAUCUCAGGUCUGACGAUGGUUUACUGCUACCUCUUGAAGAUGAGGUUCUGACUUGGUGUAACAUGGUGCUCUCGAAUGCUCGGAAAUUUUUGCCCGUUUACAUGGUGCCAUCCGCGAUUAUACCUAUUGCAAGAAUACCAAUGACGUUGCAAGGCAAGAUUGACCAUAGGAUGCUCAAGAUGGUGUUGAAGAAUCUUGAACGUGACAUGAUUAUAAAGCUUGGCGGAGGUGAGACUUCUUCCUCUUCGACUGAAGUGCGGGAAUGGCCAGAAAAGGAUAAAGCAAUUCUGGAAACACUGAAAGAGAUUCUUGGCACAUCAGCAGUGGCAAUAUCUCGGGGGGUAUCUUUUCUUAGUCUUGGCUUGGAUUCAAUCUCGGCGAUUCCCUUUGCCAGGCGUCUUUCAACAUUGUUGGGUCGCGACGUUCCGGUUUCAGCAAUACUGCGCAAUCCAUCUAUCGCUCGUCUGUCACAGUGGAUGGAAGGUUCUCCCUCAAAUGCUUUGAGCUAUUCUUCUCCAGAAUUUCUCCUUCCACAGACCCUGGUUGAGAAGGCUCAAAUCGCUGCAGCAAGAGCCAAAGUAAGUGUACGACGCAUAUUACCAUGCACUCCGUUGCAGGAAGCUAUGCUUUCAAGCUCCAGUCAGGACUCGAGUAUGUAUCUCAACGUAAUGUACUUCGAUAUCAGGUGCGACCCGGAUCAGCUGAAGGAAUGCUGGCGGAAAAUGUUUGAUAGGCACGACCUACUGAGGACAACUUUCUUAUCGACAAACGAUCCAGACUAUCCGUUCCUGCAAAUUAUUCGCUCACACAGCGACCUCCCUUGGAAGAACGAGACAGAUUUCACCGCUAGGGACUUGGUAGAGAUUCCUUCUGCGCUGGACACGUUCAUCGUUCCUGUUCAGCUGACAAUAUUUCAAAACGACUUCAAUAAUGUUCUACGUUUAUGUUGUCACCAUGCUCUUUAUGACGGAACGGCGAUGGCGCUUCUCCUGGAUGACAUUGAGAGGCUAUAUCGUGGAGAUAAUCUAUUGCCAAUCAUAGAUUACAGUCUCUUCUUGAGAGAAAUGGUUGCACAAAAGAGCGCAGAACAUAUUAAUUUCUGGCAAAGUUAUCUCCAUGAUCUUCAGCCUGCAAUUCUUCGCCCAAAAAGCCGGCACCAAAAUUUCAUACGUCAUAAAGUUGCAAAUCCAUUGAGUUUGGUCGAAAAGAGUUGUCGACAGAUGUCCGUUUCUCUCCUUGCAGUCUUUCAGACAGCAUUCGCAAAGACACUAUAUUCACUCUUCCAGACUCCGGACGUUUGCUUCGGAAGUGUAGUGAGCGGUCGUAGCGUUCUAUCCGACCAUCUUGACUCUCUGGUUGCAUCGACUUUUAACACCAUACCGACUCGCAUUCAGUUGCAAAGACACGAACUCAACAUAGAUGCCAUGAAAGCUGCGCAACGGUCCAAUGCAACCUGUAUGAGUCAUCAGCUGUGCGCUCUUCGUUCCAUACAGUCCAAAUUGGGAUUCACUGAGACGGGUAUAUUCUCCUCUCUAUUGUUGCUUCAAAGCGCGAGUAUUGACCUUGAUCCACGCAUCUGGCUUCUCGAAAAUGAGAAUGGAGCCAUGGACUUUCCGCUAAUUUUAGAACUAAUACCCGACAAACGAAAUGAUAGCCUUGUUGCAAUUCUGCACUACAACACUUCAAUACUCCAUAGCUUUGAGGCAGAAGAGGUAAUAUUGCACUUCCUAAGUGUAUUUGAUCAAUGCAUCGAGAAACCCAAUUUCCCAACAGUUGCUUCUCCUCCGCUUUCUUCACAAUUAUCGGUAAACUUUUCAACAAAGAUCUCGUGGCCGAAUUCCGUCAAGCUUGCACUAGAGGAUUCGAAACCCUCGAACACAAUGAAUGAAACUGAAAAAAAAAUCCUCGAGAUAAUCUCAGAGAUUUUCGGGAUUUCAAACAUUCGAGCGUCUCCUACAACAUCGAUAUACCAACUUGGGAUAGACAGCAUCGGUGCUAUUCAACUAGCGACAGGUUUACGCGCUCGAGGGCACUCAAAGAUUACCGCAGCGCAAGUACUUCAGAAUCCAAAAAUUGCUGAUCUCGCCGCCUUGGUUAGUGAACAAUCACAUGCUGCAGAAUCUAGCGGUAUUGAAUUCGAUUUGGACAAAUUCUCAGCGAAAUUCAUAUCCCAAGCGUGUGAAAUUAACGGUCUGUCUCUCAGCUUGGUCGAGCACCUGUGGCCUUGCACUCCAGUCCAAAUGGGCCUAAUUUCUCAGUUCUUAAAAGAUGGAAAGACAUACGUGAAUCAUAUUACGUACUCCACAAACAAUGAUAUCCCUCUGGAUCGAGUUCGAUAUGCAUUGGAACAUUUGGCAAGAGAAUACGAGAUGUUGCGCACUGGAUUCGUGGCUAUUGAAGAUGAUCCUCGGCAUUCAUAUGGUAUGGUAAUUUUCCGCGCGGGAGUCUUGGAGCUCCCAGUGGAGAUCGUGCCGAGUUCUGGUUUUGACUUAGAUGCAUGGAGGGAAGAAAAAACCAAGGAUUUCCACGAGUUUCUUGCAAAGCCAUCCUGGGCAGUCUGCUUACAAUCCGCAUCUUCGGAAUUACUUAUGCAUGUUAGCAUCUUUCACGCUAUAUAUGAUGCGACCAGCCUGGACAUCCUCCUCGAGGCGCUCGAUGCCGUAAUGAACGGACAAGAGAUUCCUAAAAAGUCGCCAAUUAAACCAAUUCUAUCAAAUAUACUUAACCAUAGUUCUUUGGGAUCUGAUAAUGACAACGAACAUGUAACCUUUUGGCAACAAAGCUUACAAGAAAUUAAUCAUAGUCGAUUCCCUGAUCUGACACCUUUACGCGUCUCAAAGCUCCACACUUUAAGUGCUGAGAAGGUUCUCAGGAUGGGGAGUCAAAAGCUCAAAGAAAAGUGCAAGUCAAUGGGCUACUCGAUCCAGGCUGUGGGCCAGGCAACUUGGGCCAAGAUACUGUCAGAAUAUCUCGGCGAAGACAAUAUUUGCUUUGGGGUUGUUCUUUCUGGCAGGGACAUGAAAGCUGGAGCAGAUCGUGCUGUCUUUCCUUGCUUGACCACCGUUCCAUUUGGAAUCUCUCUUACAGGCAAUACGAACGAUCAACUUGUUAAGUUUUCAAUGGCUUUCAACUCUGCAGUCCGCAAGCAUCAAUUCUGUAGUCUGCACGACAUACAACGAUGGACUGGCCGUGAGGCUCUCUUCGAUACAAUUUUCGCUUAUCAGAAGACUGGCACCUUAUCAAACAAUGCACGAUGGAAAACUGAUAACGAGAUUGCAACUGAUGAGUUCUCUCUCUCCAUGGAACUAAUACCAACGAACUUAGACGACAUCAUCAUACGAAUUACUUUUAAGGACAAUUUAGUACCAAUGGAGCAAGCUCGAGUAAUCUUGAACCAGUUUGAGACAUUACUUGAGGAGCUAUUCGAUGAACCCGAUACUGCUGUGUCUGAACAUGCCGUUUCAUCAAGCCACAUUCUAUCUAUAACCCCUGCCCAAGAACCUCUCUUGGACUCACCAGUUGAACUUUUGCAUGAGUUUGUCGAAUUACAAGCAAACAAGAAUCCUGACAGGGUUGCUUUUGAGUUUUAUACCAAGUCAGAAAAUGGCGAAUUUUUGAAUCAAUCGUGGUCGUAUAAGGACCUCGACAGAGAAGGGCUCAGAGUUAUGCAACUACUCGCCCUACAUGGAGUACACGCCGGUUCAUACGUUGGAAUAUGCUUUGACAAGUGUCCAGAAGCAUCUUUCGCCAUACUCGGCGUUUUGAAAGCGAAUUGCGCUUAUGUCGCAAUUGAUCCAUCAGCUCCUGCGGCUCGGAAGUCAUUUAUUGCUCAAGACGCUAAGCUUUCAAUUAUUCUAAGCAGCAAUCGCCAAGCCAAGCAUUUAGAUUGCAUAUCAGCCAGCUCUCCAAUUAUUUAUCUCGAUGAGGUUCUUUCAGAACCUGUCCCCGAUUCAAUCGUAGCGACGCAGAGCAUAACAUCUGACAGUGUCUGCUACUGCCUGUAUACCUCAGGUACUACUGGAACACCAAAAGGUUGCGAAAUCACACAUAAAAAUGCUGUGCAAGCAAUGCGGGCUUUCUCAAAGAUCUUUAGAGGUCGAUGGAAUGAGAGAUCCAAAUGGUUGCAAUUCGCCUCCUUUCACUUCGACGUUUCUGUUCUUGAACAGUACUGGAGCUGGUCAGAAGGUAUAUGUGUUGUGUCAGCACCUAGAGAUUUAAUAUUCGAAGAUAUCGAAGCGGCUAUCCGAACGAUGGGAGUUACCCAUAUCGACUUGACUCCUAGUCUCGCUUCGUUGGUUCAGCCGGCAAAUGUGCCAAAUCUGUGCAAAGGCAUAUUUAUCACUGGUGGCGAGCAACUCAAACAAGAGAUCCUUGAUGAUUGGGGUGAAGAAGAGGUCAUUCACAACGGUUACGGGCCAACAGAGACAACAAUUGGAGUGACCAUGUAUCCGUGCGUACCAAAAACCGGAAAACCCGCCAAUAUCGGCCCGCAAUUCGCAAAUGUUGGAACCUACGUUUUACGUCCAGGUACAAACCAUCCUGUUUUGCGGGGCGCAGUAGGGGAAUUGUGCGUCUCAGGAGCGCUGGUGGGAAAAGGAUAUCUUAAUCGCCCUGAGCUUACAGCGGAGAGAUUUCCUUUCCUCGAGAGCUGUGGUGAGCGCAUAUAUCGGACAGGAGACCUCGUCCGCAUUUGCCAUGAUAACACAUUUCUUUUCCUUGGCAGAAUCGAUGAUCAGAUCAAAUUACGCGGUCAACGUCUUGAGAUUGGUGAGAUCAACAGCACCAUCCGGAAGUCCGUGUCAGGCAUAACAGACGUUGCCACAUUCGUCCUUCGACACCCUAAGCAGCAGCGGGAUCAACUGACAACCUUUUUUGCAAUCGGAAACGUGGAAUCUGGGAAUGAAGAAACUGUCCUAAAAACCCGACAUGGUCAAGAAGGGGUUAUAGAACAAAUUCGUGCUGCCUGUAGGGAGCAAUUACCUGGCUACAUGGUCCCGACGUUUAUUAUCCCUGUCAGUCGUAUUCCACUAUCCGCCAAUAACAAGACAGAUGCCAAAACACUCAAGUCAUUGUUCUGCGAAAUGUCGUUGGAUGAGAUCCAGGCCGUUUCUAAAGCGGAAUGUCAGUCGCUAAACAGCACAGAGAGGAAAGUUGCGGAAAUUCUCUCGGUAUUCUGCGACAUACCAACAGAGAACAUCCAACCUCGCUCAAACAUCUUUGAACUCGGUCUGGACUCAAUUUCUGUCCUUGGCUUUUGCAAUAAAUUGAGAAGAUCCGGUUUUUACGGGGCUUCCCCUGCUCUUGUUAUGUCUCAUCCAUACAUUGAUGCGUUGGCAAAAGCCUUGCUGGAGAACUCGUCAGCAAAACUCGACGCCAACUCUACCGAACAGGUCUGCCAAAGGAUAUCAAAUAUGCACGCCAAGUAUCAAGAAGAAUUUUCGAGCGUAUUGCGCGUCCAAGUAGAUGAUAUUGAGGCGAUUGCGCCGUGUACUCCCUUACAGGAAGGUAUGAUCUCAACAUUUCUUGGGCAAGAACAGAACGGUGCAUACUUCAGCACUUUUACAUUCAAAAUGCGUUCAAAAAUCGAGCUGGAGAGGAUUCAGAAGGCUUGGCAAACCGUUUGCAAUGGUUUGCAGAUUCUCCGAACACAAUUUCUACAAACCGAGGACGGAUACAUGCAAGUGGUUCUCCGAAACUACUCACUGCCUUUCAAGAUCUUGGACAGUUCCGCAACGCUAAAUUUUGAAAAUGCUGCCGGUCAGCUUAGACUUGCAUGGUUCGCUGCUAAUGAACGACACCUUUUUCGUCCGGUAGAAGUAACAGUUCUGCGCACAAACAAGGAGGAUGUGAUGAUCUUGAACAUUUUUCAUGGAAUUUAUGAUGGAAACUGCCUAGAAAUGAUGAUUCGUUGCGUAUACGACGCUUAUACUGGUAACGGGGUUCUGGAAUUUGGCCCUGCAUUUCAUGACGCUCUAAUAUAUGGUCCUCUUCGCACCGUACAAAAUGCCAAGACUUAUUGGGCUUCUCGAAUAGGACCGCCAGUCGCCGAAAGACUCGACGUGAGCGGACAACAUACACAAGAGACUCAAAGCAUUGAGUGCGGUGGUCGCCUAGAGACAUGCAGGCGGAGUUUGAAUGUUACACAUCAAGCAGUUUUGCAGGCAGCAUGGAUAACUACUCUCGCUCAAAUUUACCACCAAGAACAAGUGUCAACUGGCGUGGUUUGUUCCGGUCGGAGCAUUGAUUUCAACGACGCAGCCAAGGUCAUAGGCCCUAUGUUUAACACAAUCCCAUUCCAGGAACGACUUCUACCUAACGACUCUUGGUCAUCUUUGAUCCAUCGCUGUCAUAAAUUCAAUGUUGAUUCUCUCCCUUAUCAGCACACGUCACUACGUGAAAUUCAGAAGUGGAUCCGCAAUGGAGACGCUCGAAGCCUGUUUGCAUCGAUUUUUGCCUUUAACAUGGAGACGAGCACUGCUACAGGUGGAUUUGAUAAUGAACUCUGGAGUCUACAGGAUGAUGAUAAUCGCUCAGAGUAUAUACUUGCUUUGGAAGUGGAGAACAAGCUGAACGGUAGUGUUCGUGUUUUGCUUGCCUCUACUGGAGACACAGUAAAUGGCGCAUCAAUCAGGGCUAUACUCGAUCAGUUCCAAAUCAACCUCAGACAUGCUAUGGAAUCCUCAGAAUCAUUGAUCUCAACUGAUCCUGUUAAAUGGGAUAGAGUUUCGCAGGUCUUCACCGAAAAGAAACCACUUCUUGAAUUUGACCAAAGCCCAAGCUCUAAAUUCACGUGGAAUUCGAUAGCUAAAUUAAUUAGAGCUGAGAUAUCUUUUUUGACCGGUGUACGAGAGGAUGACAUAACAGAACAUACAUCCAUUUUUGAACUUGGACUAGACAGCAUUGAUGCCAUUAAGCUUUCAGCUCGACUGGCAAAGAGAUCUAUACACAUUCCAGUAAGCUCGAUAAUGCGUUACGCGAAAUUGGUCGACAUAGUCUGUCACGCCAGCGAAAGAAGAGGCGAAAUACACGAUAAAUCAAAAGUUCUGGAAGAGAUGGAGAGCAAGUUAUCACAGUGGUUAAAUGCUCGAGGAAAAGUUCUGACCAACACCGAGAGAAUUCUUCCAGCAACGUCUCUGCAGGAGGCUAUGGUUAGCAUUAUGGUCGAGUCGGACUACAGACAGUACUUUAACCAUGAUGUGCUUCGUUUGCUGCCUGAAACAAACGAGGAAAGGUUGCGUUCGGCUUGGAAACUUGUUUUUGAGAAAACCCCCAUACUCAGAACCUCCUUCAUUCCAAUCAAUGACACGGAGAUCCAAAGUACAUAUGCCCAGGUGGUAAUGCGCGCGCACGAAUUGCCCUGGAAUACGAUUCAUCUUGAACACGCGACACAGAUCGAAAGGGUGAUUGAAAAGCUCCGGGUUGAAGCCAAACAGUCUGGAGAAUCAGCGUUGCUUUUCCGUCUAACUUUAAUUCGCGCGGAGGAUGAAAAUUUCCUGGUUCUUUCAUUACCACAUGCGUUGUACGAUGGUUACUCUCUCAAUAUGCUUCACAGCGAUUUAGCUGAAGCAUACCAUUCUGACACUAUUGAAGAGCGUCCAUUUUGGGACAAAGCUUUGGAGGAGAUUCUGGUAAUGACAAACUCUUCCGCAAGUGAAGAAUUUUGGUCACGAUGUCUCUCUGGAUCUACUCCUUGCUUGAUCUCUAAUAUCCCUCUCAGUCCGUCGGCUUUUGGCCACACGGUUCACCGACAUGAAGCCCAAAGCCAGACGACAUCGGAGGAGUUACGUCAAUUCUGCAAACAGCAAGGCAUAACUCCCCAGGCUUUCGGACAAGCUUGUUUCGCACUUGUGCUAGCUUCAUACACCAAGCGGCUCGACCCUGUGUUUGGCAGUGUUCUUUUCGGUCGCAAUACAGACGAAGCACAACAAUUAUUCUUUCCAAUGAUGAAUACAGUUGCAGUAACCCCAAAAUUGGGUGGCACGAAGUCGUCUUUUAUGCGUUCCGUUCAGCGCUUGAUGACAGACAUCUUGGCACAUCAAUACUUUCCACUCCGUCGAGCUCAAAGAUUUGCGUCAUCAGAUGGAAAGCAGCUGUUCAAUUCACUAUUCAUCUUCCAGUCAAGACGAAAAGAAGUCAAAAGAGCAGCACGAUUAUACGAAUCAGUUGAGAGUUCAUCCGAUCUCGAAAUUCCCGUCUGCGUAGAGCUAGAGCUCAUUGAUUCAUCUAUAUUAUGGAGAGCAGCUUGCCACAGCGAGUUUCUAGACAAGUGUGGAACGAAGCAAUUACUCUUGCAUAUGGAGAUCGCUGCUAAGCAUUUGAUGCGGGACGUUGACACCGAACUUAUACGAAAAGAUGAAAAUGAGGUUGUUAUUGGCUCGCUUCCGAAAUUCUGCAUUGAAUUCACGUCAGAAGAAAGUGGCGUUGGCAUCAGAGAAAGGAGCAAUAACGAAUCUCACGUUACUGUAGACCCGCUGAUUAAAACAAUCCAGCAAAUCCUGAGUCAGGUGGCUCAAGUUCCGAUUGAAGAUAUUGGCCUUGGAACGACUUUGUAUCACAUAGGCCUUGACUCAAUAUCGGCCAUAAAAGUUUGCUCCUUAUUGAGGAGCAGAGGUAUUACCAUCACUGUGAGCAAUCUCCUUCGUGCGUCAGAUUUGGCAGGCAUCGCGAAGGCUGUCACCGUUCCGGAAAGAGAAGAUCCUGGAAACGAUGCUACUGACGAGGUGAUUGCUCUAGCAAAAGCCGCUCUGAUGCUCAGAAUCCCAGAAGAUAAAUCUCUUAGCAAAUCCAUAGACGCCAUAUUGCCUGCGACUUCAGGGCAGAUUUACAUGUUAAAGAUGUGGGAGCGCUCAUUUGGCCGGCUGUUUUUCGAUACGUUCAACUUCAAACUUCGGAUUUCAGAACUCUCACCCAAUUAUAUGAAAAAUGCCAUCCUGAGAUGGGUUCGAAGUCAUCCGAGUUUGAGGACACUAUUUGUCCGUUCGCUGGACAAAAGAAUGCCGGUCUUGCAAAUUAUUGUCUCAACAGACAAUGUAGGAGUUGAAGAGAAACGCGAAUCGGUAGAUAUCGGAACAAAGGACGCUUCGUCGUGCGCUGGCAGUUUCCAAAUCAAUGUUAGCGAUGAAGUGUCAAUAUAUGGGUUCUACAUUCCGCUCAUUAUAUACUAUGAACGGUCAGAAUCAGACUUAUGGAAUAUUGGGGUUCAUAUUCACCAUGCGCUUUACGAUGGCGUCAGUUUGCCAGCACUUUUACGUGAUUUGGAGGCUCUUCUAAAAGGCACUCUGACUGCUUCAAGUCUACAAAGCCUUUCGAACUACUCGAACUUUGUGGCACGUUCUCAUCGGCUUACACAAAAUCAGGAAGCCCGGAACUUCUGGACUAACUAUCUAAGUGGCACGUCGUGCUGUUUCACCAGCCAGAAAGCAACAGACUUCGAUUAUUACCACAAGCGAUUUGCCAAAUAUCACUCAAAUUACAUAAAGAAUGCACAGCAAAUCCUUGACGCGGCACGCAGACAUGUCAUAUCAGUGCCUUCACUGUUCCUUGCAGCGUACGCACGAUUGCUACACAACUCCACACCGGCGCCAUCGACUGAACGAGGUGAGAAGACGGCAAGUAUUGCCAUCGGUUUGUACAUGGCAAAUCGGGGUCACGGCGCGCAGGACAUUAGCUGCUUCCCAACUGUGAAUCUGCUACCUUUAGCGGUCAAUACAUCCUUGCCACUCCUUGAGGCAGCAAAGAAGGUUCAAGCGGAUCUAAUCACGAUCAGUGAGUUGCCUAACGCCUCUGUUGGGCUUUGGCAAAUCCGAGAUUGGACUGGUGUCGCUGUCAGAAGCUUCGUGAACUGGAUCCAUCUACCAAGCUACGAUGACGAGAGAAGUGGAAAUCUUGACAACUUCAGUACAAAGAACGAAAUCAACCAGCUUAUAGAAAAUGACGCCACAGAUUUCAGCGUACCUGAAGAGUUGCAGACAGAUGAACUGUUAGAAGCUUACUUGCCUACCGUUGACCUUGAAGUUGCACUACGAGGUGGAGCUUUAGAUCUAGGUAUAUUUGGACCUACUGCGAUGCUAGAACAGGAGCAGGCCGAGGAAUUGCUCUCGAAGAUCAAGGAAGAGCUUUACCGAUUUGUAGGAUCUGAAUGAAAAGACGGACGAUAGGAUGUUUUCGCGCUCAUUCACUAAAGUUUCUUGUUGCAUCCGAUAGCAUAGAACACCGACACGCAUAUAGAAAGCAAUAUUGUCAAGAGCGCUUCGAUCUCAAUCAGAGUCACGGAGAAGUUAGCCAAAGCCAAUAGCAUCAUACUAGUCGUCUGGGCGAUUUAAG